AUGUCGACGACAGAGAAGCUGUUGGCCCAAAUCUUCGAGAGGAAGAAAUGGAUCGUCAACCAAGCCAAGCACCAGGCCUACCUCUUCGAGCAACACCUCGCCUCCAAAUGCCUUAUUGACGGAAUUGCCCCUCCUCAGUGGCUUUUCUCCUCCUCCUCCUCCGACCCCAAUCAUGUAUUGAACAAACAAGAGCUGAUUUCAGGAGUUCCACUCCCUCGCGCACAGCCUGUAAUCCAUUUUACCGAUAGCCAUUGCCCUGUGUUUGACAAGCCAGUUCCUACAGCUCACAAUGGGGAGCUACCAAAUGGUUUGUGCACUGAACUUCAUGGUUUUGACAGAGGUUUUGGUGCAGGAGAGGAGGUUUUGAUUUUGCCACACUGCCCUGUAAGUAAUGCUGGGUGUGCCUCCAAUGGCGUUCCUCAAGACCAGAGAGAAGAGGAUCCUAGUGUUACAUCUCCAGAAGAUCAGAAGGAUGCAAGGAUCUUAGACAUUUACCCCUAUCCAGCUCUAUCACCGGCUAGAGGUGCAGGAGAUGAGGUAUCUAAUUUGCCGCAGUGCCUCAUUAAUAACGCUCAUUGUUCCUCUGAUGGUGUUCCUCAAGAUCAGAGAGAAGAGGAUCCGAGUGUUACAUCUCCAGAAGAUCAGAGGGGUGCAAGAAUGUCAGACAUUUACCAUGAUCCAGCUCUAUCACCAGCUAAAGGUGCAGGAGAUGAGGUUACAAUUUUGCCACAGUGCCCCAUUAGUAAUGCGGGAGAUUCCUCCAAUGGUGUUCCUCAAGAUCAGAGAGAAGAGGAUCCAAGUGUUACUUCUCCUGAAGGUCAGGGGGAUGCAAAAACCUCAAACAUUUAUCAUGACCCAGCUCUAUCACUGGCUAGAGUUCAAAGAUCCAAGUCCAGACAAAGAGCUAUGGCAAUUCGCAACAGUACCUAUAAAAGCAGUUCACAGGUUAAGAACAACGUUAAUGGUUGUGCUGGUGGGAUUAUUGGGUGUGCGAUAUCUUUCCUACAAUCUGACCAUGUUGAUGAAAUGAACUUAGUCAAGCAUCCUGAUACAUGUGAUAAUCUAGAGUUAAGUGCAGUAAAUGGGGAAAAACAUUCAAGUAAGGAGUAUCGUUCUUUGGAGUUUGUCUCCAGAAGUACUGGGUCACAAGUUGUGCGUAGUGUUGAAAGAAUAGCAAAAGGUGCCAGCUCCAACAUGUCUGGUCAAAGAAUUGUAGCAACUGAUACCAGCAGCAACAUAUCGGGUCAAAGAAUUAACAAGUCAAUGUCUGCUGCAUCGAACAAGUCUCAUGAUGCACAGAGAACUCAAAUAUCUACUGGAAGGUCUAUUCCAAUUCAAAGGGAUCUAGACCUAUGUGCAGUGAAUUCAAUAGAUUCUUCAGACAAGGAAAAUGUUGCAGAUCACUACGCUGGUAGAAAUACAUGCACAGAAAUUAAUUGUGGGACAGAAGAAAUGUCAAAACCUGUCAAUUCCCAGGUUUUGGGUCACAGGGGUACACAGUCCAGAUCUGCUGCUUCAAACAAGCAUUUGCCAGAAAACCUGACUCAUGGGCUUGCAGGAAUCAGGCAUCAGGAUGUGUUAAGUACUAUGGUACAAGAGGUACCUUGUACACAAACCAGUGAAUUUGUUGAAGCUGCAAGUGUUGGAAAAACUGAAAUUGAUCCUGAUGGAUGUAUUGAAGCUAAUCCUAUUCGUUCUGGAUCUAACUUGGAUGGUAAUGGGCUUAGAGUUGGAGGAGAAGUUUUACACUUAAGGCAGCCUGCUGAUUAUGCGUUUGUGAAUCCCAAGCAACUUAAUUUUGAUGACGUGGAAGAGUCCUGUUUUAAUGGAAUUUCUACUCCUGAUCUUAAGAAGGGAAUGCAGGGCAGGUCGUCAGAAAAAAGUUAUAUUUCCUUGAUGCAUGCUGAAGAUAUACUGGCUGAAGGAAUAACUGUCAAUUACCAAGACAAUUGUAACACACCACUGGAGAUGAGUUUUCUUGGGGAUCGGGAAGUUUCCGUCGGAGGAAAGGAGCUGCAGAGCAGUUUAUACGGAGCCCCAGAAGAGCAGUUGCAUAAAUCUGGAAGAAGCUCAAAUGAAAAUGCUGCCUCAUCAGUAAAAGAGAUAUCCAAUGCUCAUAAGGAUGGAGUUGCUAAUACUUUGCUAGAAAGUGGCAAAGUUCAGAAAUCCUUUUUGAUAGAUAAUCCAACUGGCUCGCAAGUAGCCCGGGAAAGUUUGGUUGAAAGCCUGUCUAAUGUUAAUGCUGCAAAACCAACUGAAUUGGUCACAGAAGAGAGUGUACUGGAUUCUCAUGACGUUGGUAAUCCUACAGUAUCAACAGAUUCUGAUUUUACAAUGGUGUCCAAACUUGGUUCUUUUAGAAUCCUGGAUGCAAAGAAUCUUGCAGUUGAGAAUCCUUGUGCUGCUUCCACGGAUGAGAUGAAGGGUAACUUGCCUCAGCCGAUUAUACAGUCACACAUUUCUCCAAACUACGAAAUGUGGAGUAUUGGUGAUAAGGUAGAUGUAGGUUAUACCAAAUCAACUGAAUGCCGGAUUGCAGAGAAAUCCAAGGGGAGAAGUUUUAGCCCUUCUAUGGAUGGUUCAUGGCCUCAGCAUAAACGAAGAAAGAUUGAGCACACAAUAGUUGAUGACCUGUCUUCUUCACGGGACUUGAUAGAAAAGGAGGAUGUUGUGAAAUCAAUUGUCAGUAGGAGUUCACAUCAAAAUGAGGAUCACCAAAUGAUAGAGAGGUCUGAAUCUUCACCUAAAGCACAUGUGAAAGAGGGAGAAAUCAGCGUGGGAGAGGGGGACAGAAGUGGGAAUGCACCUUUCACUUUUAUGCAUGAAGAAUUGGAAGCAUCACUUCUCUUGAGUUUGAUGAAGCAGGCUGCUGGCCAGUCUCAAGAUUGUUUGAUGGAGGAAACAGUAGCAGCACAUCCAACUAGCACUAUUGUUGAUACAGGAAGUCCAUGCAUAGAAGGGAACCAUGUUUCUCUUCCUCUUGAGGAUAAUCUUACACUAGGAAAUGUUGAAAAUUGGACUUGUGCUGGAAGAGCCAUGCAGGAAAAGAGAUUUGAUCUUUGGGGGCCCAGAAAAUUUUCAUAUUUUUCAGUUGGUUCUCCACGUGGCCAAUCCUUGGAUUUGAUUGGUGGUGAUGAUACAAAGCCUGAGCUUGAGGGGUUCGUUUUAGAAACAGAUGACGAACCAACAAGCAUUGCUCGAGGGGAUAUUAACUUUGAUGAGUGCAACCUUCCGAGCACUACAUUUGAACAUGCCAGCAUUUUGGAGCAGCUUUGCAAAUCUGUUUGCAUGCAAACUCCAGUAGCGUGCUCUUCAGCUUCAUAUAAGUUGCACAAAAUUCCAAAUCUCUACCAGUCUGUUCCAACUGGGCUUCUAGAGGGCGGAGUGGAUAUGAGGACCGCCUUGCCUAUGAAUGAUGCUGUCAGGCCAUUAAAGGAUGAUAAUAGUUGCUUGAGUGAGGAAGUUGGCCAGGCAUUUAAUGGAAGGUCCUAUUCUGAUUGCCUACCAAAUCGUUGUGGUCAAUCUGGUUGGGACAUUAAGAAGCCUUACAUAUCGCCAGUUGGGAAACUCUGGGAUAGAACUGGUUCAAGCACUAGCAGUUCAGGGAAGCGAGGGAGCUUAAAUCCAGAGCUUCCCUGCAUUAGUGAAGAAAAUGAGAAUAUAGAUGAGGUAGCUGAUACUUCCCGGGAUGGCAUUGUUUCAGAAGUAUUAAAUAGCUCAAUACAAAGAGUACCACUUGCUGACAUUACUGAAAUUCCAAAUCCUCCUGCAUCAGUUUUGAAAGCUGAACUGCAUGCUGAUAGACUUAGUCUAGAUUCAGUAAACACUGAAUUCAGCUUAACGGAGACUCAUAAGAGCUUCAAACUGAAGCAUGGAAUCCAAAACAGCAUCAAGAGAAGAUAUAACAACAAGGAGAACCUGAGCAUAUCACGAGGAACAAAUGAUAUUAAGAGGACCACUGGAUCACUUCGUAGACCAAAAUUGUCUGGAAAAACCAGCUUGAGAAAAGGCGGUCCAAGUUUGUUAAAGCGGGAGCCUAAGCGUAACAAUAUUGUGUCCAGUAUGACUUCCUUCAUUCCUCUUGUUCAACAGAAACAAUCAGCUGCAGUUGUAACAGGGAAGAGGGACAUCAAAGUGAAGGCCCUGGAGGCUGCCGAAAAUGCAAAGCGUCUUGCACAAAAGAAAGAGAAUGAGCGCAAGAUGAAGAAGGAAGCCUUGAAGCUUGAGCGGUCAAGAAAGGAGCAAGCGAAUAUGAGGCAGUUGGAGCUGCAAAAGAAACAGAAAGAAGAAGAGAGGAAGAAAAAAGAUGCUGAUAUGGUGACAAAGAAGAGACAAAGGGAAGAGGAAGAUAGGAAGGAGAAGGAAAGAAAAAGAAUGCGUGUUGAAGCACGGAGACAGCAGAGAGAACAUGAAGACAAUUUACCUGCAGAAAAAGAAGAUAAAGAAAUGAAAUGCCAGGCCAUAGAUGGAAGAGGACAUGAGAGUAAGGAAUCUAAGGAUGAAACAGCGCAUAAGACAAUGGAGGAAGAAAGGGAAUAUGACACUUUCAGGAACAUUUCAGAGACUGAGCCUAGGACUUCCAGGGUUUCAACAAGUAAUGCCAGAAGAGAGAGUAUUAUCCUUGAAGAACACAGUUUGGUCUUGAGUAAUUUUGGAUAUAACGCAGAGGUACCGAGCAAUUUAGACAAAGCAAUAGACAAUGGGAAUUCUGCUGCCAAUACACGUCCACAACAGUCAUAUGAAAUCUCUCCAUACAAACAAUCAGAUGAUGAAAACGAAGAAGAUGACGAUGCUAUGCUAAAUAGUAAAUUUGUUCCAUCAUGGUCAAGUAAAAAUUGCCUGGCUCUGGCUGUCUCUUGCCGGAAUGGAGCAGACCCUGGGGCGAUCUUCCCCCCAGAAAGCUUUUGCAGCAUAUCUGAAGUUCUCUUGCCUCGGAAGGAUCAGCUAAACUAGAAUGGAAUGCGCUAAACUCUAUUCAAUGCAUUCUUCGCUCAACUAGUCGAACAGCUUUUGGUCAAGAAGAGGUAACAGUUGCACUCUGUCUACAUGUUACCGUUUUCAAAUGACUAUUUGAGCAGGCGAUCCCUCCCAGCAAAUUUGUAGCUGAAACUUGUAGAAUUGUUGCGAUGUAUAGGAUUCCCU